AUGCCUGGAAUAUCUCCUGUCGUUCUCAUCCUCGGCGCGGGACCUAAAGUCGGUCUUCCAACUGCAAAGGCCUUUGCGUCAAAGGGCUACAAGGUUGCAGUCGCAGCCCGGUCACUGAACGAGGCAGACAGCACAGACGGUCAGCUUAACAUCAAAAGCGACUUUGCCAACCCCGAUGAUGUUGUCAAUGCCUUUGUAACGGUCAGGAGGGAAUUAGGAAUCCCAAGCGUAGUCAUUUACAACGCCGGCGCCGCGACCUUCACUUCCCCAGGCGACCCAUUUGCGAUCCCGUUGGAUGCUUUCGCGCGAGACAUGACCGUCAACAACACUAGUGUUUUUGUCGCUGCCCAGCAAGCCGUGCUCGGCUUCGCGGAGCUCCCUGCCAAUGCGCCGAGGGUAUUCGCGUUUACGGGCAAUAUCCUAAACGUCAAGCCGCUUCCGCAAUUCCUGGAAUCCGGCGCCGGCAAGUCAGCAUCUGCGCACAUGAUGAUGGCUGCUGCCGCUGAAUACAAAGAGAAAGGGUUCAAAUUUUACUACGUCGAUGAACGAAAGGCAGAUGGCUCGGCCGCUUUUAAGAUCGAUGGAGACGCACACGCAAAACUCUUCUACGAGCUUUCUGAGGCGAAGACGCAAGGUCCCUGGUUGCAGACUUUUGUCAAGGGCUCCCCGUCACGUCUGCGCAUGGAGGCAAGACUGCUCGAACACUAUGUCAAGUUCCGCCCGAAGCAAGUUACUGUCCCAAUCACCUCCAAUGUUCGCUUCAUAUACAAUGAGAUUACUGCCCACGUUCAGCCAGACUAUUAUUUCUACUCGAUUGCCUUCUUAUUCCUGGAUGUAAUACCAGUUGCCGCCAGCUUUAUGAUGACUUCCAAGAGCCUUUCUCAUCAUGACUAUAAGGUUGGGUGGAUCUGUGCUCUGCCGAAAGAGCAGACUGUGGCAAUGGCAUUGCUGGACGAGGAACAUGACCUAUUGCUGAAACCCCCGAAUGACGACAAUGUCUAUACUCUGGGGUCCAUCAGUGGCCACAAUGUCGUUAUAGCCUGCCUACCAGAAGGUCAGAUUGGGGCAAACUCAGCCGCAAAUGCUGCGACUCAGUUGGUGAAUACUUUCCCAUCCGUAAGCUUUGCUCUUAUGGUAGGCAUUGGAAGUGGCAUCCCGCCUCGUGUUAGGCUGGGUGAUGUUGUUGUCAGUCAACCCUCGUUAGGUCGUCCUGGGGUGGUUCAAUGGGAUUUUGGCAAAGCACAGCAAGAGGGCCAGAUAGUGCAGACUGGGUCGUUAAACCAACCACCAAGGGCACUGCUAGCGGCAUUGACGAAACUCAAGAGUAGGCACGAGAUGAAGGGUCACAACAUACACAAGCUCUUGGACCAGAUGACCGCCAAAUGGCCAAGACUGGCGCCCAACUAUACGUGGUCCGCUCGCCUCAAAGACCCUUUGUACUCAUCGCCAAGAGACGCAAUCGAUUCAUCGACUAUCAAGGAGUCAAGAAAACCUGGCGAAAUAUCCAUCCAUCAUGGGCUGAUUGCUUCUGGGAGUCAGGUCAUUAAAGAUAGCUCCACCAGAGAUCGAAUCAACAAGAGCCUGGCUGGCCAAGCGCUUUGCUUCGAAACGGAAGUGGCGGGUCUAAUGAAGAGCUUCCCCUGCAUCGUUAUUCGAGGGAUCUGCGAUUAUGCAGACUCUCUCAAGAAAAAGGAUUGGCAAGAGUAUGCCGCAGCUAUUGCCGCGGCGUUUGCAAAGGAGCUUCUGGAGGCAGUGCAGCCAGCAGAUAUUGAAGGCGACAAACGGGCGAGCGAAGUAUUACAAAUUCCGGAAAGCGUCUCUAGCACUCGGGAUGCUACAAUACACAAGAUGCGAAGGCUAGACGAAACUGCUGACAAGGAAGUCUUUAAUUGGCUUACGAAGGUCGACUAUAGCCUACAGCAUGGCAAGUAUUUUGAAAAGCGUCAACCAGGGACUGGCAAGUGGCUUUUAGACACACGAGAAUUCCAAGAUUUGAAGUCAGGAACCAAGAAAACACUGUUGUGUCGUGGCAUCCCAGGAGCUGGUAAAACGAUCCUGACCUCAGUCGCAAUUCAUCACCUUGAGAACACCUUUGGGCAUGACCAAAAUGUGGGCAUAGUCUAUAUAUACUGCCAUUACAAGCAACAAGGCGAUCAAGAUAUCGAAAACUUGCUUGCUAGCAUGCUAAAGCAACUACUACGAAGUCGAACACGCUUGCCAGAAAGUACCGCAAAGUUAUUUAAACGACACAAGGAGAAACAGACCAGACCGUCUCAUGAGGAGCUUUUGACAAAUCUCAAGUCUGUCAUACACCUGUAUAAGACGGUCUUUUUUAUUAUCGAUGCGAUGGAUGAGUGUCAAUUCUCUUCGUUAAAGGAGCUUCUAUCCAGUCUUUUGAAUCUCCAGGAAGAUCACGAUAUUCGCAUCUUCGCGACAUCAAGACCAAGCCCAGAAAUCAUAUAUCAAUUCUCCAGUGAUAACGAUCUAUCGAUUCUCGAUGUUCGGGCAAUCCCAAGCGAUGUGCUGGCAUUUUUGGAAGGCCAAAUGCCCUCGCUUCCUCGCAUUGUUAGGCACAAUCCUCAACUCCAAGAGGAUAUCAAGAGAGGCAUCUCCGAAGCUGUUGACGGAAUUAUACAUGAGGACUUGGAGUCAUUUCGGAUCAGAAAUAGCAGCAAUGGUAGUCAAAGAGACCAAGCGUUGUAUCAUGCAUACGAACAAGCAAUGGAGCGAAUUGACAACCAAAAGCCGGAACUAAAAGCCCUUGCUAUGGGAGCGCUGUCUUGGAUCACACUUGCAAAACGAAAUCUUACAGUGGCAGAGCUUCAGCAUGCCCUCGCAACAAAGGAAGGGAGUUCUCAUUUCGAUAAGGGAGACGUUCCAGAUCUUGCAGACAUAAGCAAUGUUUGUGCUGGUUUAGUCACGGUCGAUGUGAAGAGCAAUGUUAUUCAGCUGCUGCAUUCUACGGCACAGGAAUACUUUGAACGAACGCAAAGCCGCUGGUUUCCAGACGCCGAGUGUAUGAUGUCCAAGAUUUGUCUUACUUACAUAUCAUUCGAUGUUUUCGGAAAGAAUUUUCGUCCAACUGAUUGGUUUUAUGACGGCGGAGAGCGAUAUCCUUUCUACAACUACGCUGUCAACAACUGGGCACAAAGCAUUCCUGAGAAUAUGGAGCCUAGUGCAAAGCUCAUGAAUUCUCUACUAAACAGAUAUAAAGUCAACUUGGCAAUUGAGAAGCUGCAUAUGAAUAGCCAAAUACUUAGGCAUCAAUUUGGCAUCUCUGUGCCAAAAAGCAUAAAUGGGCUCCAUUUCGCUGUAUAUUUUGGAGCAUCCAAGGUGGUUUCCAAUCUUCUUCAACUUGGAUGCACAACCGACAGCAAGGAUAACUAUGGGCGUACGCCUCUUUGGUGGGCUGCUCAGGGAGGUCAGGAUGCAAUGGUGGAAUUGCUACUCAAUGCAGGCGCUCCUCUUGAAGACAUCGACUCCAAGAAUGGCCACACUCCGCUGAUGUGUGCAGUUCAAGGCAAACACAAGAGAAUCGUCCGCUUACUGCUAGAGAAAGGUAGCGAGGUGGAUUCGAAAGACAAACAAGGCCGAACACCACUUAUAAUGGCUAUAGAGCUCGGAGCAGAAAACAUUGUCACGCUUUUAUUAAAUAAAGGCAAGGCUGACAUCAAUCUGCGCGAUAGCAGUGGGAAAAGUUGGACGCCUUUGCAAUGGGCCAUUCAUAACCGCCAUGACGCUCUUGGCCGAUUACUUCUCAAAGAAGGUGCCGAUGUUGAGGCGGAAGAUUCCAAGGGCCAGACACUGCUUUUAUGGGCCAUUCAAAAUGGUUAUGACAGUGCAGUGCGAAUUCUUCUUGGAGCCGGCUCCAAUAUGAGCACGAAGAAUGAAAAACCACCAAUGCCUCGUGUCGUGGCGCCCGGAGAUGCGAAAACGAUGCUUCAGUCGACACUACAAGUGGGUUCCAAUAUUCACAUGAGGCGCCAGAAUGGUUGGGCGGCGCUCCUUACUGCCGUGCAGUUCAAAAGGGAGAAGAUACUGAGAAUUUUGCAAGACGCGGGUGCUGGCAUGAAUCACAAAGACGAGCGUGGGUGGACACUCUUGUUCCAUGCUGUCUACCACGAUAAUCAGGGGACAAUCAUAAAUACGCUUCUUGAUAGCAGAAUGGACGUCAACGCAAAGGAUAUAUCAGGCAAGACUGUACUGUUCAUCGCCAUCGACCGCCGCGACGAGUCCAGGAUCUAUCCGCCACUAUAUGGGGGAGCUAAUUCCAGCCCGACAUAUACAGAGAGUCGCAUGCCAUUCAUAUACAGCAAUCAACAUAGCAACGUGGCCGCUAUAGGGCUCCUGCUAGAGAAAGGGGCCGAUGUAAAUGCAACAGAUGAAUAUGGGCGGACGCCUUUGCUGUACGCCAUCAUAUACAGUAUGUCGAAUGUCAUUAAGUUGUUGAUCGACAAAGGGGCAGAUGUCAACGCGAGAGACAGAAAUGGCUGGACACCUCUGUUAGCUGCCGUCCACUUUGACCGCGAUAACGUCGUGAAAUUGCUUCUUAAAAGGGGGAAAAUUGACAUUGAUGCAAGAGAUGUGAAUCAUGAGAACGCAUGGUCACUGGCUUAUAAGAAGAGGCGUAAUAGCAUCAUGCAGCUCCUAAGUCAAUCGCUGGUGGGAACAGUCGAAAAGAGUCGGAUGGAUUUAUGA